UUUACAAGUCAAAGCAAUUGAUACUGAUCAUUCCUAAUUUAUAGAUUAGGAGAUUGGAAUGAGGGAACGAUUUUGUGCAAGGUGUCAGGGCUAAAAGCGACUGUGCUGGAAUAACUAGAAUCUAGGCCUGAUUCCAAUGCUCAGACUCUUCCUACGUCAUCUCUCCUUUCCACUGCUAUAGUACCGAGCACGGUUUCUCUUCACUGCGCCUCGUAGACACGUAAUUGAUCACUGAAAAGCCAAACUUCAACGAGGUCAUCGGAGCGAUACUACAUUAUCGGGUAGGAUAACGAGAGGAAGCAAGGGGCUGACUUUAUUUCCAUGCUAAGAUCUACCUUAUCUUAAAUAGUAAGUUUUCUCUGUACAGUUUAGCAGCGCUCCGAAACCGCGAUCCUGGGAUUCGAAAAGGCAAAUCCAGAAUCUCCUGAGGGAAGGAAUGAGGAACUCUAUCAAUCUUCAGAUCUUAUGGAUUUACAUUCUUGCAGACAGAGACCACGGAGCAGACCAGGCCGCCUAGACCCGAGGGCCAGCUUUGUCAACAAGUUUCUCAGCGGGGGUGAAGGGUCAAGAACACGAGAGCUUUGGGCCUGGCGAAGAGGCGACUGUCCCAGGGAUCCGAGACACCACCACUCCCUGGGAACCCAGCACGCCCUGGGAACCCAGUCCAAGGGCCAGCACCCGCCCGGGCUCCCCGUACUCACUUUCUUGAUGUUGGAUUUGGAGGCGGGAUGAAAGUCCUUCUUGCACAUGAAAUUGGCGAAAGACUUCCCCAUCUUGGAGGCUGAGCUGGAGAAAGCCGCCGCUAGGUCUGAGAGCAACGUAAACAAACUCUGCCGCCUAACCGGAACUGCGCUUCCCUUCGCACGGGGCACUUCCGGGGUCAGAGGUGACGGCUUCCGGCAACUAAUGCCUCUCCCUGACACUGAUCGCCCCCUCCCUUUUCACUUUGCCCGGAGGCCAGUUUUAAAAAAAUGGAACCUUGUUCCUGUGACACUUUUGUGGCAUUACCUCCAGCAACAGUGCAAAAUAGGAUUAUUUUUGGAAAAAAUUCAGAUAGACUCUGUGAUGAAGUACAAGAGGUAGUUUAUUUUCCUGCUGCAGUUCACGAUAACCUGAGAGGACAUCUUAAGUGUACUUACAUAGAAAUUGAUCAAGUCCCUGAAACAUAUACUGUUGUUCUCAGUCGCCCAGCUUGGUUGUGGGGCGCAGAAAUGGGAGCCAAUGAACAUGGAGUUUGCAUUGGGAAUGAAGCUGUUUGGGGAAGAGAAGAAGUUUGUGAUGAAGAGGCGCUACUGGGCAUGGACCUUGUCAGACUUGGCCUUGAAAGAGCUGAUACAGCUGAAAAAGCUCUCGACGUCAUUGUUGAUUUAUUAGAAAAAUAUGGCCAGGGUGGAAAUUGUUCAGAGGAUGGUAUGGCAUUUAGCUAUCACAACAGUUUCCUGAUAGCUGAUAGGAAUGAAGCCUGGAUUCUGGAGACUGCAGGGAAGUACUGGGCAGCAGAAAAAGUACAAGAGGGAGUUCGUAAUAUUUCUAAUCAGCUUUCUAUAACGACCAAGAUUGAUCGGGAACACCCAGACAUGAGAAACUAUGCUAAGCGGAAAGGUUGGUGGGAUGGUAAAAAGGAGUUUGAUUUUGCGGCGACAUAUUCUUACAUUGACACAACCAAGAUGACAAUUUCACCAGGAAGAUACUGUGAAGGCUACAAACUUCUGAAUAAACACAAAGGAAACAUAACUUUUGAAACAAUGAUGGAAAUUCUCCGAGAUAAACCAAGUGGCAUUAAUAUGGAGGGAGAAUUCCUGACCACUGCAAGCAUGGUUUCUAUUUUACCUCAAGAUUCCAAAUUUCCUUGCAUUCACUUCUUUACUGGGACUCCUGAUCCUGAGAGAUCUGUUUUUAAGCCUUUCAUAUUUGUGCCAAAUAUUUCACAACUACUGGACACCAGUUCACCAACAUUUGAAUUUGAAGACCCAGUUAAAAAGAAGCCACAUUUUAAGACUAAACCUGACAGAAGACACCCACUCUACCAAGAGCAUCAACAGGCAUUAAAAGUAAUAGAUAACAAGGAGGAAAAAGCCAAAACAAUGUUGGAGGACAUGAGAAAACUGGAGAAAGAACUAUUCAAAGAGAUGGAAUCAAUCCUUCAAAACAAGCAUCUUGAUGUGGAUAAAAUUGUUAAUCUUUUUUCUCAGUGUACAAAAGAUGAAAUUCGAAUUUAUAAGUUAAAUAUCAGUUCUUAAUUACCAUCUAAAUGGUCAACAAUCUUCCUCAAAGUCAGAAUCAAUCACCGUGGUAAAUGAUACGAACCUAGUGUGAGCAGAUAUGAUUAUUCUUCAAUAGCAUUCAAGUGAUAGCUUGACUAUUAAAACUGCAUAUAAUUGCUGAAAUAUCAAGAAAGAAAAUAACAUCAAAAUUAGACACAUAUAUUAUGGAAUAGCCAGUUGUUACAUCAGGUACUGCCCUGUGUUAUUUUUUUUGUACUACAAUAACUUUUUACAAAUCACAUAUUCAAUUCUGCAUAAAGCAUGAAACAUUAAAAUAAUGCAUAGAUUUAAGUUUAUUAUAAUUAUGUAUUGUCCUCAAUUACAAAAAAGAAAUUUUUUCUUUAAUAAUGAAAAAUAUUGUCUUAUGGUGAAGUUUUGUGUGCUUCAGGCAAAUAUUAACCAGCUCUAACAAAGUGUUCCAGAUUUACACAUUAAGUCUUAUUAUAGUGUACUAGAGGCCUGGUGCACAAAAUUCAUGCACUUGGGGGGGUGUCCCUCAGCCCGGCCUGCACCCUCUUGCAGUCUGGGACCCCUCAGGGGA